AAAUGUCAUCACAACAAGUAAGCAACAAGGAAGGAAGCGAAUAUGAUCAUUUAUUGAAUAGAAGGUUUGAAUACAACAUUGCCAAACAACAAGUGAAAAGUGAAGACAAUAAUACAACAACUGCAGCAACAUUUGAGGCAUCCAAUUCUCUGUAUGCUCCUGCAUCGAGUAGAAGCGAUGUUUCAAGAGGGUUUGUGAGGUUUAUCGGAAAGAUUGAUCAAGCUAGUUCUCAACUUUUUGUUGGUGUUGAAUGGGAUUAUGAAGAGAGAGGCAAACAUGAUGGUGAAUUGAAUGGGGUUAGAUAUUUUGUCACAAGUACUGGAAAGAAGAGUGCUAGUUUUAUCAAAUUAGAAACCUUCCUUAGAUUCUCCAGUCUAGGAAUUGAUUUCAUGCAAGCUGUUUCUGGAAAAUACAAGAAUAAGGACUUUAAGGAAGAGGAAAUGUUCAUUUAUUCAUCAAGCAAAAAGACUCAAAUUUCUGUGGAAUUAGUUGGACGACAAGACCUUGAAUCAAAAUUGGAAAAGAUUGAAAAGCUCACAGACCUAGGAUUGCAAGAUUGUAAAGUGUCAUCUAUCGAAAAGGGAAUUGGUGCUAACUUUGAAAAUGUGAGAGGAAUUGAUCUUUCAGCCAACCUCAUUGAAACAUGGUCACAAGUUGAAACUCUUUUGGAGGAAUUUCCAAAGUUGACAAAUUUAAUUAUUUCAUCAAACAGAUUCUCCCAAGUGGUAGUUAGCAAGGGUAGAACCUAUCCAAACUUGAAGAUGCUUGUGGUUAAUGAUGUGUCGUUUGGAUGGAAAACUUUUGUGGAAGAAAUUUUACCACUCUUCCCUAACAUUGAGGAAGUUCACUUUAGAGACAAUAAUGUGACCGAUGAAGAUUUGAAAUCAUCUCAAUUACCAACUUUGUCAUCAAUUCAGUCAUUGAAUCUUUCAGGAAACAAAAUUGCAAACUGGGAUGCUGUUUGGAAUUCUUUCAGUAACUUUGCAACAUUGACAAGAUUGCUUUUGAACUAUAAUGCCCUCUCAUCUGUUAAAUUCAUGAAGGAAGGUGGAUUCUCUUCUCUCAAGAGUAUUUCCGUAGCCAGUAAUAAGAUUGAAGAGUAUGAUUCUUUGAAUGAACUCAACAAUAUGCCACUCUUGGAAGAAUUGAGAUUAGAAAGUAAUCCAAUUCAAGAAAAGUAUGGUGUCAACAAUGUAAGACAAUAUGCUGUGGCUAGAAUCAGAGGAUUAAUCUCCUUCAAUGGCAGUGAAGUAAGAAAGAAGGAAAGAGAAGAUGCUGAAAAGUACUACUUGAAGCAAUGUGGAAGAGAAAAGACAAGUAAUCCUUCACUCGAAAUUACCACUCUCCAUCCAAGAUAUAAUGAAUUGGUGAAAAUCUACGGAGACCCAUGUGAAGCUGAUAAUGCCAAUCAAGGAGUAACCAAGGUUAGCAAUGAAUUUGUCGUGUUGAACAUUAAGAAUGUAGCUGCAUCUGUAGUUUCAUCCUCACAGGGUCAUGUUGUGGAGAAGAAGAUUCCGUAUGGAUUUACCAUUCAAAAACUCAAGUUAAUGUGUCAAAGAUUAUUCAAACUUGAGGCCUCCAAGCAAAGAUUAUUCUACAUUGAUGUUGGCCACUCGCUUCCAGAACCACUUGGUGAUGACUUUAAAGAUAUUGAUUUUUAUGCUGUUAAAGACGGAGGCACAAUCAUUAUGGAAGAAAUUGAUGAAUUUGCUCAACAAAAAGAGGAAGAAUUAAAGAGAAAAGAAAGAGAAAGAACCAUCAAGGAACAGGAAGAGCAAGUCAGCCGUGAGUUGAGGUGGAAGCAAUUGUAAAAAUAUUCUUUUUUUAUUUAAAUAAUUAUUUAAAUUGUG